CCCUCUGCUUUCCCAUAAUUCCUAGAGCGGUGGUUGUUUGCUUCACGGUGGGAGACGUAAAUCCAGAGGAUUGUACGACAGAAGGCAAUAAAAACGAAUAUGGCGUCCAGUUCUCCCACUCUGACGAUUGGAGUUGUAGGAUUUGGGCAUUUAGGACAGUACCUGGUGGACAGGCUCCUUAAAGAUGGACCCAGCCUCGGUCUGACUCUGGGUUUUGUCUGGAACAGGAAUUCUGACAAACUCAAGGGUCUGGUUUCACCCGAGCUCGUUCUGGAUGACCUCUCAUCUUUUGCUAACAGGCAGUGUGAUGUGAUUGUAGAAGUUUGCCAUCCUCAGAUUGUGAUUGAAUAUGGAGUCCGUUUUCUGUCCAAGAGUCACUUCAUGGUGGGAUCUCCCUCCGCCCUUUCUGAUGCUGAUCUGAACCAAAAUCUGCGUCAAGCGUCUGAACAACAUGGCAGGACGCUUUAUGUCCCCAGUGGUGCAUUAUGGGGAGGCCAGGACAUCCAGAGGCUGAACGAUAGCGGGACUUUGAAGGCUCUGUUCAUAAGAAUGUCUAAACAUCCGUCCUGCUUCCGACUGAAAGGAGACAUCCCCGCCGACUUGAAGGAAGGAAGGAGAGUUUUAUUCCGAGGCUCGGUGGCAGAGCUGUGCCCACUCGCUCCCAACAACGUGAACACCAUGGCGGCAGCAGCAGUGGCAGCGGGAAUGCUGGGAUUCACUGGUGUUCAGGGAGAAAUCGUAUCAGACACAGAGUUACAAGACCAUCAUGUGGUGGAGGUGGAGGUGACUGGGUCUGAUGGUUUCUCGGUACGGACAGUCAGGAGGAAUCCAGCCAAACUCGGAGCGGUCACUGGGAAGGCUACAUACCAGUCAUUCUGGAGCAGUUUACUCAUUUGCAAAGGCCACGGAGGCAGAGUUUACCUGUGCUGAGGAGGAUGAUGAACAUGGGAGGAAGAUCCCUUUUCCAAAUCCCGUAUAAAUUACAAGGAUCAUGCUGGAUAUGUAGGGUGGUACGGAGCUUCUACGAACCCCCUGACCUCAGCGUAUGGGCUUCAAUAAACUGAAUAAGCAGA